AUGCGUGGCCGUGAGCUCCCGCUCGUCCUGCUGGCUUUGGUCCUCUGCCAGGCGCCCCGGGGACCAGCGGUCCCGGUGCCGGUGGGAGGAGGGACUAUGCUGACCAAGAUGUACCCUCGCGGCAACCACUGGGCGGUGGGGCACUUAAUGGGAAAAAAGAGCACAGGAGAAUCCCCACCUAUUUCUGAAGAGGGGAGCCUAAAACAGCCACUGACAGAGUACAUUCAGUGGGAAGAUGCUGCAAGGAAUUUGCUGGAUCUCCUAGAAGCAAAGGGGAACAGAAGCCUCCAGCCUCAAGCAGAGCCCCUGGGCAACCACCAGCCUACUUGGGUCAGCAGCUUCAAAGAUGUAGAUUCAAAAUGCAAAGUUGGUAGAUUCUCUGUUCCAGGUUCUCAAGGAGAAGAAACGCCCAGACGAGUGAAAAAUAACAAUGACCAUCUCUCUCAAAGGAGAAAAAUUAAACCCUUAAGAGAUUGCAUUCUGCAAACAUCGGUUCUACCGGAUCAUCAAGAUUUCCUUUGUGCAAAAUACUUCACUGUUUCUGUAUCUUUCAACCUUGACUAA